CGGCCGCCGGCGGCCCCCGCUCGCUUGCCUCGCCCUGCCGCCAGUCUCCUCUGGCCCGCCGCCUCUCUCUGGCUCUCUCCCUGGGUCCCCGGCCUCCCCUUCCCCUCCCGGCCAGCCCGCUCCGCUGGCUCCAGGGCUAGGUGGGGGCUGGGGCUGCGCACCGGAUAGACAGACCCGCGGACCGACUGACCCGGCACCAGCUACAGGAGAAGCCCGUCAUCAUGGACCCCCCGUCCCUGGACACAGCCAUUCAGCACGCCCUGGCGGGCCUCUAUCCCCCUUUUGAGGCCACAGCGCCCACCAUCCUGGGGCAGGUAUUCCGUCUCCUGGAUUCUGACUUCCAGGGGGAUGGGCUGAGCUUCCUCCUGGAUUUCCUCAUUCCUGCCAAGCGCCUGUGUGAGCAAGUGCGUGAAGCAGCCUGUGCCCCGUACUCACACUGCCUCUUCCUGCAUGAGGGCUGGCCACUGUGCCUGCGAGAUGAGGUCGUGGUGCACCUGGCCCCCCUCAACCCCCUCUUACUGCGCCAGGGAGACUUCUACCUCCAAGUGGAGCCCCAGGAGGAGCAGUCCGUCUGCAUCAUGGUCAAGUGCCUCUCCUUGGACCUCCGCACAGUGGACGCAAAGCCUGUUCCCGCGUCAUCCUACCCUACACUCUUCACCCAAACGUGGCUGGAGGCCAUCAACAGUGACUUUGAGGGAAGCCCUCUGCACAACUGCCUGGUAGCUUCCGAAGAUGGGAUUGCCCCUGUGCCCUGGACCAAGAUAGCCAGCCCAGAGUUUGUGGAUGACAGACCCCAAGCAGUGAACGUCCUCUCCCGGGCCUGGGGGUCCCUCGAGUUAGAGGCCCUCGAUCUGAGCAGCCCUCCAGAGCCUCAUCAGCCCAGGCCCUCCGGCAGCCAGGGGCUGCUUGCCCGGAGCUUGGCCAAGGGUAAGGGCAGGACAUAUGGGAACAAGUACCCAGGACUCAUCAAGGUGGAACAAGCCAGGCCGGGGGAGGUGGCCUUUAGGAUGGACGAUGUGGCCAGCCAGGACUUAGAAGGAGACUAUGUGGCCCUCCUGGAGAGCAGAGGAGGGCCUCCCAGCAGGGAAGUGGAGACAUCCAGUGGGUGUCCUUUGGGGGCACUGGAGGAACCAUCCAGAACUAAGGAAAUCCUGCUCUCUCAAAGGAUGCCGCCCCUCUCAGGGGCCAGGGGGGGACCUUCCUUGGAAAAAUGGGCUGGUGAGAAGCCAGCAAGCUCAGAAGAGGAGCCCUGCAGGUUGGGCUCGAGGAGAAAGGUCAACUAUAAAGUUAACGCAUCCACCCAGGACUCAGAACCCCAGCCCCAGGAGCCCUACCUCCGCGUCCUUGAGGAGCCACCGCCCUGUGCCUCUGGCCUUGAGGCAGGUGGUUCCUCCAAGAUGCAGGAACCUCUGGGAAGACCAGAAAACAUGGCGCAACUCAGGCCUGCACCAGUACGAGCGUCCUCCCUGCACCUGUGCUCGGCUUCCCCUCCUGCUGCUCCAGCCCCUGAAACCAAGUUGGAAGAGAGGGCCAAACAGGGGCAGGGGAGUCUUCCCAAGCCUGAGACUGGCCCCAGUCAGAAUACCUCCUCUUCUACAUCCCCUACUUCUGGGCUCAGAUUCUCCCUCUUGAAAGGGCAGAGGCAAGCCCCUGGGCCCCCAGAGAAAGCCUCCCUCCAGCCCGACAGGCCCUGGAAAGUCUUGCGUUCGCCCUCGUCUCCCACGACCAACCGAGCCAAGAGCGUGGGGAAAGCUGGAAAGACUCAGACCGAAACAUCUGGCCCGGCUGCUGACUCAGGCCCACGGACUGGGGAAAAGGCCGGCUUCCCAGAAGUCCCUCCAGAAAGAGAACCCCCUCUGGAUGAGGAGCCCCCAGGGCCUGAGCCUAGGAUUGGGGCUCUGAGUGUGGAGAUCCUCCAGUCGAGGAUGGCAUGCCUGCCAGGUCUCGGGGGUCGCAGGGCAGCUGGAGGUGGUCGGGAUAGGGCCGGGAGGCGCCUGCUUCUGGUGUCAACCACCGAGGGGUCCUGGGAGGCACCGUGGUGCACGGCCUCGGAAGUCACCAAGCUGCUCUCCUACCUGUGCACUGUCCCCAGGCCUGAAGAUAAAACCAAGGGGCUGGCGGUUAUGAUUGAUUCCAGGAAACAGCCUCCACACCCUGGUCUGGUCAGUGCCCUGCAGGCCACCCAGGCCCUGGCCCCAGCCUCCAUCCGUGCUGUGUUCUACCUGGGAGAGAAGGAGGCUGCCCUCCAGCUGGAAACAUUGCCUGACGUCCAGGUAGAGGUGGUGACCUCACUGAGAGCUCUCAGCCACCACGUGGACCCCGGGCAGCUGCCCACAGCCCUGGAAGGCCCCUUCCCCUACUGCCACAGCGAGUGGGUGCAAUUCUUCCAGAAGCUGGACCCCUUCCUUGCUGACCUGCACCAGGUCUCCUCCUUGCUAAAGGCUUCCAUCAAGCAGUUUGAGAAGAGCGACCUCCCUGGAGGGGUGCAGGAAGCCUCCAGGUGUCUGAGCAAGUCCAAGGAGCUGAUGGAGACCGUGCUGAGGGACCCAGGGCUGCUGGGCCUCCAGCGGGAAGGGGGAGCCACUCUGGCCAGGCUACGGCAGGAAGCCAGUAGGCUGGACUUCAACCCUGACGUCAGGAGCCAUCUGGCCGAAGCUGUCGCCUGGUACGGCCUCGUGGACGAACAGCUGCAUGUCCUGGUCACUGCCUCUAACCACCUCCUGGGGGCGCUGGAGCUCCGCGUCCGCCUCGGCCGCCUGGAGGCUGCCAUCCACCAGGUCAGCAACUGGAUGGAGCAGGAGGGGAGCCGGUGCCUGCAAAUGCUGACCCCCAAAGACAGAAGCUUGGAGACUGUGCAGAAAGCCCACGCGGAGUUUGAGGACUUCUUUCUCCAGGCUGCAGCCCAGUACCGCCGGGGCCUGGAGCUGUCCAAGCAGGCAGCUCAGCUGGGAGCUGCGGCCGGAGGAGCAGAGCUCCCGGAACUGGUGGCCUUCACCUCCACCCAGCGGGCCUUCCAGGCCAAGCUGACCCACUUCUACAUGGCGGCCGAGCGGCAGCGCACGGACCUGGAGACGCUGCUCCGUCUACACCACUUCUGCAAGAAGAUAACCUGGUUUCACGUGGACUGUCAGGACCUGAUGAGGCAGCUCAGGCUGGGCAAGACCCAAAGGGCCAGCCCCGGAGACCAGCGCCUCGUCCACCGCUACCUGCGGCGACUGGCAUCCGAGUUCCCUGCCGAGAAGCUCACGGCCAUGGGGCUGCAGGUGGCCUCUCUGAGCCAGGAGGGCCCCGGCCAGGCCCUGUGGGAGGAGGCCCGGGUGAGACACGAGGAGAUCCAGACCCUCCUGAAGAGGGCACUGGCCAACUGUCCGUGCCCAGCGGGGCCCGCCGCCCACUCGGCACACCCAGAACUAAGAAAGGCAGUGGCCGAGGGUCGGGGUCUGAAUGCAGUGGUCGCUUCUAGGGGAAGGGGAAGGCGGGGCCUGCCCCUCCGGGACUCCCUGGGCCUGGAUCGACCGCCAAAUUCCUAUUGGCCUAGGGCCCCCCGAGAGGGGCAGAAUGGAAGUUUCCAGGCAGGCCUUCUGGCCCAGGAAGCUGGCCAGGCUGUAGAGGCUGAUGAAGGCAAAGAUCCCCGUGAGCCCUUUGAUCCUGCCCCGGAGCCUCUCCUUGCCCCUCUCGGCUCCUGGCAGUGACUCCCCAGGCAGAGUCACACCCCCCGCCCCGCUGGAGGCAGCUUCUCCUCAGAGGGGACAGACUCACAGACGUCUCCGGAGGACUCACCCAGACAAGUCCCCUGCAUCUCUCUAGCUAGGACCCCCACCACUCACACCAGGCUCCAGGGGGUGGCUGGGGAGGGGCCCAGCGACAAGAGGCAGUUCGGGAGCCCUGGCUGAACCCCUCUGGACGUGGCUCCUGACCCUUACUGUAUGUGUCACCAGGAGAGGGCAGGAGCCUGAACCCGCUCUGAGCUCCAGGAAACUCCAGGAAGACCCGACUCACAUAGAAAUAGGGAGUAUGGAGGGCAGGGCAGGACAGAGUAGAGCCCGGGACCCCGGGACCGACUGCAUAACCCCCGGUCCCGUCGUGGAAAGAAUAAUUGGUACAGACCCUUCCAGAAGUCUCAGAGGCAACCACCUGGAGUUCAGGGGUGCACAAGCUUCCCCGUGGGGCCCGCGGGGCACCCUUGUCAUGAGCGGGGGGGACUCGGGAGUGGCUUCUUAUCUGAGACACGGAUUCCAGUGCCUGUUUAUCUGGCGGUGAAUUCAGGAUCCUCUGGUGGAGGAGUAGAGGGGAGUCUGGGAAGGGAAUAAAGGGUGUGUUGUCAGGCA